AUGCCCGCACGCUUUCGGGAAGCACGAUGGCCGGCAGAAGAGCCGUUUAGCGCAGCGCCUCCUCUGGACGGAGCGAGCAACCCCAAUGACCUCGCCGGAAGCCCACGCACAGGACCGGUGUCCGGCCUCGAGAUAGGCAUCAUCAUUGGCGUCGUCCUCGCCGUGUCUCUCCUCCUUAUCACCAUAUUUGUGUGGCGGGCACGCAAGAACAAAAAGGUCGAGCAGGACAGACUCGCAGCCCAGAUGGUCAACGACACCGAAGAAUGUCACUCCGACUGCCCUUCUCGCUCCGAACAGCACACCAUCGGCUUUUUUGCCAGUGUCGCCGACACGGACAAAAUCUUGACUGCUGAGAGACCUGAGAGGAUGCGGGACAACAGUGCAGAGCAUACACCCUGGCCAGAUUGGCGCUUUCCUAAAGACGGCAAGCAACAGCGAGAUGCCAUGACGAGUCCAAAGUUCACUAUUCGUGCCGCUUGCACGAGCAUCAUGGUUAACGCUGCCUACCUCUUGGGCGCAGAGGCCAUCUCAGCGAUCCAAUACAACACUAUCAGCCACAUCAUCGAAGGCAAGCUUGGUGCUCUGGACGACGACGAGCCGCUGGUUUCCCUGCGCGACGAGGACGCUGAGCACGUCAAGACCCUGCAGCGAAACAGCCGCCAGCCAAAUGGCGCCCAGAACGUCCCACCGAACAACUUCUGCAAGGACCUGAUUGAAAUUGAAAACGUCACUGCCAACACUAACCAGUUGGGACACGGCGACAAUGGUACUACAAAGACUUGUGAGAACGGCUUCAUCACGCCAAACAAGGCCGAUUUCAUGCCUGCUAAGGCUUCACAGCCUCACGAGGGUCUCACUUCCCCAACUGCGGCCUCUCACACGGCCUCUCCUGCAACUCCUACGCCGACGAUGGCGCAACCGGCACAGAUUCUUGGACAGUCGCCUGCCAUCAUUUCCGCUACCUCAGUGGCAAGCGCCGUACCCGCUCCUUCCUCGCCGCGAAGUGUGCAAGACAUCAAGAAUGAGUUUGCGCUCAAGGUGAGGAUGGCUGCGGCCAAUGGCGAGAGCACCAAGUCCACUCGCCUCCCUCUGCAGCAGACACAGAAUCUGGCUUGGGCACAGCAAUCUGGGCAGCACUCAGGGCCACAGCAGCAGAUCAUACACGACCAGGGCCUGAAAGGAGACGGCUCCUGGGGUGAGAAACACGCCCAGGAUCUCAGAAAGAGACUCGCGCAGCUUGGAAUGCCGGCUGCUCCACCACCUCGGCCCUCGCAGCCACAUGUCAUGGAUUCGCCGACCGCUAUGAGCUAUCAUGCCGCUGAACUAGAUAAGCUCUCGCCUCGGCACUCAGUCACGAUUCCGCCUCAUGCGAGACCGAUCUUUCCUAUACCACCGCGACCUGAUCCACAACCAUAUGCGGGAUCUGGUGUCCACGUAACGGCCUCCAUGAAGGAGAAUGCGCAGCCUGAGAGUCUGCCACCUAUCCAGAAUAGAUAUGCCGGAUCCACUCAGCUGGAGACCUGGGCGGAGUGGUGA